CCAGACACGCCCACGUGUUCGUGUCCGGGUCCGUUAACAACCCGCUGAAACUGUUCUCUCGCGGUAUUUGUUCCGACUCUCGCGGGGUUUAGCGUGGCACUGCGAGGCCCGGCCCCGGCAAGGGGGUGGUGGUCGGUUAGUGGCGUUGGGCUCCGGCCGCGGUGGCAGCGCUUUCUCCCCUGCUCACCGGGAGCUGCUCGGGCUGGAGACCAGCCAGGUGAAGAGCUCACCUUUCUCUUGCCACUGCCUCGGGCGCGAUGGGGGCGCAGGACCGGCCGCAGUGUCACUUCGAUAUCGAGAUCAACCGGGAGCCGGUUGGUCGCAUUAUGUUUCAGCUCUUCUCAGACAUUUGUCCAAAAACAUGCAAAAACUUCCUUUGCCUAUGCUCAGGGGAGAAAGGCCUUGGGAAAACAACUGGGAAGAAGUUAUGUUAUAAAGGUUCUACAUUCCAUCGUGUGGUUAAAAACUUUAUGAUUCAGGGUGGGGACUUCAGUGAAGGUAAUGGAAAAGGUGGAGAAUCAAUUUAUGGUGGAUAUUUUAAAGAUGAAAACUUUAUUCUCAAACAUGACAGAGCGUUCCUUUUGUCAAUGGCAAAUCGAGGGAAACAUACCAAUGGUUCCCAGUUUUUCAUUACCACAAAACCUGCUCCGCACCUGGAUGGGGUGCAUGUUGUCUUUGGACUAGUUAUUUCCGGUUUUGAAGUAAUUGAACAAAUUGAAAAUCUAAAAACGGAUGCUGCAAGCAGACCAUACGCAGAUGUGCGAGUGAUUGACUGUGGGGUGCUUGCCACAAAAUCUACAAAAGAUGUUUUUGAGAAAAAAAGGAAGAAACCAGCUCAUUCAGAAGACUCGGAUUCCUCUUCCAAUUCCUCUUCCUCUUCAGAAUCUUCUUCAGAAAGUGUAAUUGAACAUGAGAGAAACAGAAGGAGGAAACAUAAGAGGAAGCUAAAAGUUAAACAUUCUAAAAAGAGACGAAAGGAAGCAAGCAGUUCAGAAGAGCCAAGGAAUAAACAUAUAAUGAGCCCAAAAGUUUACUCUGAGAGGAGUGAUACCAAUGAAAAAAGGUCAGUGGAUGCAAAUGGUAAAAGGGAAAAGCCUGUGGUCCGCCCAGAAGAGAUUCCUCCAGUGCCUGAGAACCGAUUUUUAUUGAGAAGAGAUAUGCCUCUUGUCACAGUAGAACCUGAACAGAAGAUUCCUGAUGUUACACCUAUUAUAAGUGAUCAGAAACCAUCUGUAUCAAAGUCUGGACGGAAGAUUAAAGGGAGGGGCACAAUCCGCUAUCACACGCCUCCAAGAUCUAGAUCCUGUUCUGAAUCAGAUAAUGAUGACAGCAGUGAAACUCCUCCUCACUGGAAGGAGGAGAUGCAGAGAUUGAGAGCAUAUAGACCACCCAGUGGAGAGAAAUGGAGUAAAGGAGAUAAAUUAAGUGACCCCUGUUCAAGCCGAUGGGAUGAAAGAAGCUUAUCCCAGAGAUCCAGAUCAUGGUCAUAUAAUGGAUAUUAUUCAGACUUUAGUACAGUGAGACACUCUGAUGGUCACCAUAAAAAACGCAGAAAAGAGAAAAAGGUUAAGCAUAAAAAGAAAACUAAAAAGCAGAAACAUUGCAGAAGGCACAAACAAGAGACUAAGAAGCGAAGGAUUAUUGUACCAUCUGACAUAGAAACCUCAAAGUCUUCCACCCAACGAAUGAAAUCCUCUUGUGAUAGACAACAGAGAUCUCCUUCUUCCUCCCUCUCAUCUCAUCACUCAUCAAAGAGGGACUGGUCUAAAUCUGAUAAGGAUGACCAGAGCUCUUCAACCCGUUCCAGCAGAGACUCCUACAGAUCAAAGUCUCACUCUCAGUCUUAUUCUAGAGGAACCUCAAGAUCAAAGACUCUGUCAAAAUCCUCAUCACAUUCUCGAAGUAGAUCAAAGUCCAGGUCUAGUUCCAAGUCAGGGCAGCAAAGGACAGCAUCAAAAUCACCACGGAGAAUAGCCUCUCAGUCAAGUGACAAUAAACCAGUCAAAACAGAACCUCUAAGAGCAACAGUGCCACAAAAUGAAAACGUUGUAGUACAACCAGUAGUGGCAGAAAAUAUUCCUGUCAUACCACUGAGUGACAGCCCCCCUCCUUCACGAUGGAAGCCUGGGCAGAAGCCCUGGAAGCCCUCUUAUGAGCGAAUUCAGGAGAUGAAAGCUAAAACAACCCAUUUGCUACCCAUCCAAAGCACUUACAGUUUAACAAAUAGUAAAGAGACUGGUAGUUCCUCAUCCUACCAUAAAAGAGAAAAAAAUUCAGGAAGUGAUCGGAGUACUUAUUCAAAAUACAGUAGUAAAAGUUCAGAAAGCUCACGACGGUCAAGGAGCAGAUCUUCUAGGAGUAGAUCUUAUUCCAGAUCAUACACAAGGUCACAAAGCCUAGCAAGUUCACAUUCAAGGUCUAGGUCUCCCUCAUUUGGAUCUCAUUCACGAAGUAAAUACAGCUAUCAUUCACGGUGUAGUAGGUCAUCUUCGUGCUCUUCGGUUAGCACUGAUGAUGGCAGACGGGCCAAGAGAAAAUUUAGAUCCAAUGGGAAAAAAAAUAACACUUCAAAUAAAAGGCAUAGCAGCAGCUCUGAAAAGGCACUUCGCAAUAAAUAUGUCAAAGGCAGAGAUAAGUCUUCAAGUCAGAGAAAGUAUAGCGAAAGCAGGUCAUCUUUAGAUUAUUCUUCAGACAGUCAACAGUCAAGUGUCCAUGUUCCACAGUCAGCCCAGGAAAAAGAGAAGCAAGUCCAAAUGGAAAUGAAUAAUAAACAAGAGAAAAACAGAGGUGAAGAGAAAUCCAAGUCUGAACAGGAAUGCCCCCAUUCAAAAAAAAGGUCUUUGAAAGAGAAUCUUUCUGAUCACAUUAAAAAUGGCAGUAAGCCCAAAAGGAAGAAUUAUGCUGGCAGUAAGUGGGACUCUGAAUCAAAUUCUGAACGAGAUAUUACUAAAAUCAGUAAAAAUAAUUCCUGGCCAUCUUCUGAUAAGGAGGAAGGUGAGGCCACAUCAGAUUCUCAAUCAGAGUUGGGUGAAAUUCAUGUCAAAGUCAAACCCACAGCAAAGUCUUCAGCAAAUACUUCACUGCCUGAUGGCAAUGGUGCUUGGAAAUCAAGCAUGCAGCGGUCAUCAGCCUCUGAUUCGGAGGGGUCCUAUUCCAAUUCAGAAAACGCUAGAGGAAAGCCACAGAACCACAAGCAUGGGUCAAAGGAAAAUCUUAAAAGGGAACGCACCAAAAAAGUAAAAGAGAAAUUGAAAGGGAAAAAAGACAAAAAGCACAAAGCUCCAAAACGAAAACAAGCAUUUCACUGGCAGCCUCCACUAGAAUUUGGUGAAGAAGAGGAGGAGGAGAUUUAUGAAAAGCAAGUAAUGCAGGAGGCAACAGAGAAAAAAAAAGUUUCUGAAAAUAGUGAGACCAUUAAAGAAAAUACACCCCAAACUGAGAAGUCCUGUGAGAACUGCAACCUUUCAGGUAAACAUAAUACAGUAACAAUUUCAUCAGACAUCGAUCAGCCUACUAAAACUAAAGAUGAUAGUAAACUCAGCAUUUCUCCCACAGCUUUAAAUUCUGAGGAAAACACAGCCAUUUCUCCCCAGAACAUUCAGCAUAUUGAAGAAGGUAUCCCCAGUGGAGUGGAGGAUGUGCUUCAAACAGAUGACAACAUGGAGAUUUGUACUCCUGACAGGACUUCCCCAGCAAAGGUAGAGGGGGCUUCCCCUCUAGGAAAUACAGUGCUUGCCACCCCAGAUACAAGCGUCAUUCUAAAGCAGGACAGGCAGCCAGAGCAUCUGGAGGCAGAGGUGGUAAAACGGGAAGGCAGCAGCGUGUGGGAAAGCAAGCCUGGGGGAGCCGGGGGGGAACAGGACAGCAGCUCUGCUGCUCCGGCCAGUGCUGCCCAAAGCGCUGUGAAGAGGGAGGGAGCUGAGAAGAGCCAGAUGGGCCUUGGGGAUAACAAGUGGAAGCCCCUGCAGGGGGUGGGGAACCCUGCAGCGCCAGCUGCUACCACAGCCAGUGCUGUGGAAGCUAAGGCUUUGGCAACUGUGCCUGAAAUGAAACCACAAGGAUUGAGGAUAGAAAUUAAAAUUAAAAAUAAAGUUCGGCCUGGGUCUCUCUUUGAUGAAGUAAGAAAGACAGCACGCUUAAACCGGAGGCCAAGAAAUCAAGAGAGUUCAAGUGAUGAGCAGACACCUAGUCGGGAUGGUGAUACCCAGUCCAGGAGUCCAAGUAGAUCUCGAAGUAAAUCUGAAACCAAAUCAAGACGCAGAACAAGGUCUGUCUCCUACAGUCACUCAAGAAGUCGAUCUCGAAGUUCCACAUCAUCCUAUCGGUCAAGAAGCUACUCUAGAAGUCGGAGCAGAGGAUGGUACAGCAGAGGCCGCACAAGAAGCCGGAGCAGUUCCUACCGUAGUUACAAAAGCCACAGGACGUCCAGCAGGAGCAGGUCCAGGAGCAGCUCCUAUGAGCCCCACAGUCGGUCCAGCAGGUCCUACACGUACGACAGCUACUACAGCAGGAGCCGGAGCCGGAGCCGGAGCCAGAGGAGUGACAGUUACCACCGGAGCAGGGGCCGUGGCAGGCGGUCCAGGAGUUGUAGAUCUUACGGUUCUGACAGUGAAAGUGAUCGAAGUUACUCUCAUCACCGGAGCCCCAGUGAAAGCAGCCGAUACAGUUGAAAAUGUUCCCCUUUUUGAUAUGAAUUAUACCUAUUUGUAAAUAUCUGAUAACUUAAAAGUUUAAGAAACUUAA